UCUCUCAGUUAAACACUCCUACAAAAUUGCACACACUUUCACUCACGCGAACACACACACUUUCACAAACCGAAAACACUUUCAAUUUUCCAAAACACUUUCACUUCUUCAUCUUCUUCAAUGGAAUGGAACAAGAGAAUAACAUUCUCAGAACCCUUUUCAUCACACAGAACAAAAGUGUUAUCUGGUUUCACUUUAGGUCUUGUUGCUUCUCUCCUUUUUCUCUCUCUUCUCUUUCUCAACUCUUCUUCAUUCUCUGAAUGGCAUUUUCCAUUCGCCAAUUUAUCUCCUUCCUCCAACGUUUCAAUCACUCCUCUUUUCACAAUUCAUCAAGAACAAUUGAGUAAAAUCCCUGAAGUUAAUGUUUCAAAUCAGGGUUUUGAGAAUACCCUUUUGGGGAAUUUUAGUGAAAAUGGUUAUAAUGCAAGUUUUCUAUCUAACGGGGUUGAUAAAGUUGGAAACUUUUCUGCUGGGAAAGGUGAAAUUGAUGAGAAUUUGAGUGGUUCUGUGGCGGUGGAAGAAAAUUUGAAAGAUGGGAAAUUUGAUGAAAAGUGUGAUAUAUUUGAUGGGAAUUGGGUGAGAGAUGAUUCAAAGCCAUAUUAUGAAUUGGGUUCUUGUCCAUUUGUGGAUAGGGAUUUUGAUUGUCAUCUUAAUGGUAGACCUGAUUCUGAUUAUGUUAAGUGGAAAUGGAAGCCAAAUGGUUGUGAUAUUCCAAGUUUGAAUGCAACUGAUUUUCUGGAAAAGUUGCGAGGGCAGAGGUUGGUUUUUGUUGGGGAUUCACUGAACCGGAACAUGUGGGAGUCUAUGGUGUGUAUCCUACGUCAAAGCAUCAAUGACAAGAAACGUGUUUAUGAAAUUUCAGGAAAACAUGAAUUUAAGAAGAAAGGUGUCUACGCUUUUAGAUUUGAGGAUUAUAAUUGUUCAGUAGAUUUUGUGAGUUCACCAUUCAUUGUUCAAGAGUCGACUUUCAAAGGCGUAAAUGGGUCAUUUGAGACAUUAAGAUUGGAUUUGAUGGACCAGACAACUUCCACGUAUCAUGAUGCUGAGAUCAUAGUCUUCAAUACAGGGCAUUGGUGGACCCACGAGAAAACAUCUAGGGGAGAAGACUAUUAUCAAGAAGGCAACCAUGUGUACCCAAGACUCAAAGUUCUGGAUGCAUAUACAAGGGCAUUGAAAACUUGGGCUAGAUGGAUUGACAACAAUAUUGAUGCAAAUCGAACAAAUGUUUUCUUCAGAGGAUACUCAGUUACUCAUUUCAGAGGUGGGCAAUGGAAUUCAGGAGGACAGUGCCACAAAGAAACCGAGCCAAUAUAUAAAGGAGACCACUUACGGAAAUAUCCGUCGAAAAUGAGGGCUUUAGAUUAUGUCAUCCCAAAGAUGAAAACUCCAGUUAUUUAUAUGAACAUAAGUAGGAUGACAGAUUACAGAAAAGACGCCCAUCCAUCAAUAUACAGAAUGGAAUACAAGACAGAAGCAGAACGAACCACCGCGGAGCAACACCAAGAUUGUAGCCAUUGGUGCUUACCAGGAGUACCAGAUACCUGGAACGAAUUACUCUAUGCUUCUCUCUUAAAAAUUGGUAAAGGGCAUUGGAAAAGUUGAGCAGAACUAGUCAAUAUCUCCGCAUACCAUGUAUCUGGUUCGUUAUACACAUUCGGUUCAAGUUUCAACGCAUGUAUAUUCCUUGGUUUCCACAAAAGGUUGUCUUUGAGUUAUAGUUUGUGCAGAUGAUUAAUUAGAGUGACAAGUUUAUAUGUAUUUUAUGUAUUCACCUAGUUGCAGACACAAUUGUCAUGAUAAUAUUAAUUACCAUGAUAGCUGUAGAAUUUAUUGAUCAAAGGCUUGAUUUGAUUCUUUGCAUUAGAUUAGUUACAAAAACUCAAUGAUCAACCAAACUUGUGAGAGAGUGAGUGAGUCCUUUUUAUUAUCUUAAUGUUUACUUACCAUUCUCUAUCAUUCAGACAAUCUUAUUUUAUUUAUCA